AUCUCGCUGCCGAGCGCCCCCGCGGCCCAGUUCCCUCACUCCGUCGCUCUUCUUCCUACUCGUGCGAGCGCCGCUGCCCCUUCCUCCCAAUCCCACUGCCGAGCGUACAAGGCCCCUGCUCGUCUUCCUCCUCGCGCGAUCGCCUCCACCGCAGGCCUAUGGUAAGGGGAGAUUGAGUGCAAGUGGUCAUUAUCAAUGGAUGAGAAUAUCCAGUUCUCGUGGGGGAAGAAGAAAGCAAGAGGUGGUGCCAAGAUGGAUACACAGUUCUAUGAUUCCUUCACAUUUGACAAUGUGAAGUACUCAUUGUAUGACUGUGUAUAUCUUUUUAAAAAGGGCGACUCUGAACCGUACAUUGGAAAGAUAGUAAAAAUAUGGCAGCAAAAUCAAGUUAAGAAAGUAAAGAUUCUAUGGUUUUUCUCCCCGGAUGAGAUCAGAAAUUAUCUGAAAGGUCCUGUGGUUGAAAAGGAGAUAUUUCUUGCUUCUGGUGAUGGCACUGGCCUUGCGGAUAUCAAUCCAUUGGAAGCUAUUGCUGGCAAAUGCACUGUUGUUUGCAUUUCAAAGGAUGACAGGAAUCGCCAGCCUACCCCGAGGGAACAAGCAGUGGCUGAUUAUAUCUUCUAUAGGUUCUUUGAUGUUGGGAGCUGCACACUUUCUGAUCAAGUACCUGAGAAAAUUGCAGGGCAGGAAGUCAGUAACCUGCUUAAUCCUAAAGAUGAGCAAGUUACAUGCUGUCCAGAUCAGGAAGUUCAAGGCGUGGAUCAUAAGGCUGGUGCAGGUUUGAAACCAGUUUCCCUUCAUCAAUCACCAGUAAGGAAUAGGAUGGAGGAUGAAAGUCCAGUUGCUGGAGUUCCCCUGCCCCAGUUAACGGUUCAGGAGGAGGAUAAAAAUCAGGUUGCUGUCGUUCCUCUGCCCCCAGCAGCGAAGGAGGAAGAGAAAAGUCAGGUUGAUGCCAUUAUUCUUCCCCCAGCAGUUGAGGAGGAUGCUCCCAAACCCACACAAAAUAUUCCAAAACGUACACAGAAAGUUCUCCCUGAGAAGAUGCCUUCGAAGAAAUUGAAAUUUUCCCAAGAUCUUGCAGUGCAGAAUGUGGCCCCAAUUAUUCCUGACGCUACAGUUUGCCCUGGACCUUUGGAACUAACAACAAGACAAGCUGUACCUGACAGAAGCAAAUGGUUCAAACCGAUUCCAUGGGAGGAGCAACUGCAAAUGGGUGAUGAGGAGGGGAGGCUGGUGUAUAUCCAGAACCUUGAUAUACAGUUUGGGUCUUCUGAUGUAAUGGAACUUAUUCGUGAGGCACUACAACUGACUUGUAAUGCUAAGACUAUAAACCACCCAACCUAUGAUGAUCCCAACAAUGGGAAAGCAUACGCUGUAUUCAAAUCCAAAAAUGCUGCUGAUACUGCUGUUACAAAAAUCAAUUCAGGCUUGAUUGUGAAUGGAAGGCCCCUUUACUGCAGCAAAGGAUUACUUAAGGUUCCCACACCUCCAGCUUCAGGAGCUCUUAUGGGGCACUUAACCAUCAGUAAUAAAAAAAUGGGUCGAGCACAACGAGACGAGCAGAAGAAGGCAGUAUCAACCUCACAUUGUUCUCAACCCAACACAAUUGAAUAUGACUUGGCUUUGGAUUGGAUGCUUGUCCGAGAAAAGCAAGCAAGGAAAUUUAGCAUACUUCACAAGAAGCACGCUGAAGAGAGGAAGUUGUUUACAGCGAAGAUGGGGAAGUAGGUUGCUUUGGCGGAAUCGCUUAACCAAUGGGAACGGUCUGUUCUUUUGUGUGCCAGUGUCAGAUGGGGUUCUCUACUGACUCACAGUACCUGAAGCAGCACUGGCCUGCAAGUUUUGUGCCAUGGCGUAAGGAUAAGUGACGAUGGUUUGUGUUUUGCUUUGACUUGUGGAAUUCUGAGGGGGCGACUAACUGCAGCGUAGAACGGUCAGAUGUAGGGAGAAGUUUCUCAGGACAUAGCUUCAGGAAUCAGAGUAGUACCGUAGAAGUAGCUCUUGCUGCAAAACCGCAUGCAGAUUAGGUUUAACUGUAAGCCAGUGCAGUAGUGAUGCCCAUCUGUUGCUGCAUGUUUGGGUAGCAAAUGAUGAACUGUGUAUGCUCCAAAACUUCAUCAGUUGCAUCUAUCCUCGUUCAUGGACUCA